CACUGACAAUGGCCGCCGGAGAUUGUUGCCUGCAACCAUAAAAAUCUACGCUCGACUUGGGAUUGCAUUUCACUGUUUCUACAGAUCAUUUCAUCCCAACAUGUCACAAAAAGGUAAAAGGAAAAUUCCACCUGGUCCUGGUUUUGACGCUGACCUUGAAGAUGACGCUAAGGCAGGAACUUCUUCAGGAAACAACGUUGGAAAUGAUGCAGAUAAUAGCACGCCUAGUCCCGAGAAGAAAUCAAAACUAGCCGAAGGUAAUGACGGGAAGAAACUCCAAGACGAAAAGGACAUCGUGGCAUAUCUUGACGAGACAUUUGAUAUCCGACAGAACUUCAUAAUGCUUGAACAACCGAGAAUCGCGAUGGUUAAGGAGACGUAUCCUCAGCUGUUCACGGGCAAACAACUUGUCCAAGAAUUCCAAAGAAUCCACCAAAUUGACAUUGAUGAAACCAUUCGCAGUUACUGCGCCAAAUAUGCUAAAGGUAUUAUUGAAAUUUCAAGGGGUAUUUCCGGAUCAGGAGCAAUCUUAAGACGUGCAGAACUGGCCAAACAAGAGAAUGUCUCGCUAGCCCAGUACUGGGAUAUGGUUUCAGCCCUCUGUCUUAUCCCGGUGCUCUUGCGGGAAAAUCUGGUGGAAAUGGUCCAAGAAGCUGAUUUGAGGGCCGAAAGCAUCGAUACGCAAGGCAAAGUUGUCCCCACUGUCCUUUGUCGCGGAGGUAUUUUCAACAGCGACGAAUUUUACUUGGUAGCAGAAGAGGAUUUGGUACAAGAGUUCGAAGAGUUCACACUGGCUUAUGCGGCUCUGUUUGCCUGUUAUUACGUCUUCAACAUGGAAUAUCCACGGACUUUGGUCAACUCUUACACUUUUAUCCAGAGAGAGGUGUUAGAUAUUCGAGAAUCGACGCCCAUACCACUCCCUGUGAAACACCUAAUGAAUAAACUUCAAAGAUGGCGGAAGCAUAACCUUCAGGAGUGAAGAAUAUUGCCGCGAGUGCUAUCGGCCAGUAGAAAUCUGACUGCAUAUUGUGCUAUUCCGUUUAUUGCUUGACAUUGUCAUCUUCUACUUUAUGGUGGAGUUUAAAUAUGCCGCUUUCCCCUCUAAAGUGAACAGAUUUUCGCAACGGUUCCAUUACCGUUAAAUUGCUAAUGGCUUUUAACCAAAACUAGGCUAUCGGCGCGCGUGAGGCUGCUAUUGUACGAUCGUGUCUAAGCAAGGAUAGAUUUGGCGUGUGUAGGUGAAGAGCAAAAUGAUGCAUCAACAUUACGGCACAGUAAAUUCCCAUCCAUAAUUAUCAGCAAAGUUUAUUCAUAGCAGUGUUGAUUUUUGUAAAAUUUGCUGGUUGUAGAAUGCCACGACGAAGAAAAAUUUACAACAAUCUUUUAACCUUCUGUAUGCUUACCUAGCGGACCUCAGCCUGCCACAAGAUUUACGGUGGAUUUUAUGUAAGGCCAACAUGGGAUAUACAUUCCGUUCAUCGGAGUGUCUGUCCACUGAGGAAGUGAAUCGUUGCUGAGUGUGCUGAAUGAAUCUCAGAAAAAAGACGUUUCUCUGAAAAUUGGGCGUAAAAGCUGAUCAGUCUGCUUGGUUUUGACAAAUGUGCCUGGCAGUCAUAAUAAAAAAUGGACUCUUGCAUUUGGGCAGAUUUUAAGUGACAGUUUCUUUGGUUAAAAAUGGUAAAUCAGCGCAUUGACUUGUUCUGUCCGGUCAGAAUCUCACUAGUCUUUUAUAUCCAUGUAUUUUACUGCUGAUGGCUUGCAAACAAUAUUAGAAGAUUGGUUAUGACGUAUUUAGUACCGGUGUUGUUGUAUAAGAGUAUUAAGACAAUAACAUAAUGGACAAUAUGGUUAUCAUCAGUGAUCUGUUUUGUCUAGGCACCUAAUGUCUUGGUACUUAAACACUUAAGAACAUGCAAGAAACACGAACAUAAUGGUGGCAUAAUACUUGGCGUCAUAAGUUGCCGGUUAACUUAUAUAACUAUAUUCUCGCGAUACAAAUGGGAAAGACCAGCGAGAAAUAGACUCUUCAAAGGUUUUGUGUGGUUCCUGUAGAAACGAAUUUUGACUAAUUGUGGAAGAAUCGUUGGCUUUUAUGAAAAAUAAAAGAGUUACACGAUUGUUGAUUUAUAAUUUUUAAGAAUGUUAUGAAUGGCCAAGAAGAAGGCAUAAAGAUUCACUUAGUAUUGUUUGUUUCGGUUUAGGUUUUGGUUUUCAUGAUAAAUACAAUAACCAAUUACACAACUGAGUUUAGAGCUGCAAGAGGUCUGUUGGUGCAAAUUGUUACCCUGGAUAGAAAUCAAAUUAUCCAUCUUCAUGUUGUUUGGUCAACCCAUUGACCAUUGACCUGAAGUUUCCAUGUUGCAAUAUACUGAAGUUUAUUCUGAUUAUUGCAUAUGGCUGAUCUUUAGAGUUGAUGCAGUAUAUCAUAACCAUGGACGACAUCCUACUUUUAUAAUUUCCCUACCAUCCUUGAAAGCUUAUGUUACUGUAAUAAUUAAGAUUGUUAAUGCAAGAGUAACAGAUGGAUAGUAUGGUCGAAAAAAAAUACAAGGGUCAUUUUGAAAUAAAUUUCAAUGUUGCAUUUAUAAACUUAUAAAACCUCUAUAUUAUAGGGGAAUUGGUCAGUAUUUACUAAAGGUUGUGUUCAAAUGAUGAUUUUUUUAUGAUGAUUUUAUGACCUUUCUACAAAGUUAUCACGUUAAGUGUAUAAUUCGUUGAAUUAUAAAUUUUGUGUAUAGUUUGAAAUGGAAAAUUCGAUAGAAGUCUGUUUAGUGUGGACAGUAAGUUUCGAUUUAAAGUUUUCAUGACUUUCCUUAAUACAUGCAUUUUGCUUAUAAAGGGUAUUUUGUAGAAGAAUGGGUAAUUAAGAGGAUCUUUGCUUUCUUGAAAAAGCUUUGCAAAAAUUAUUUACCCGGCAUUAAGAAUUUAUUAUUUGAUUUUCUCUAUUUGUACUUUACUACUUCCUCAAAAUGCGAUUAUUGUUAAACACAUAAUGUUUUUUUUUAUUUGGCCUGUGUAUUAUCUUUUUGAUAUUAAUCAUAUACUUCUCCUGUCGUUUUACUUAUUUAUAAGUAAGUGGAUGUGUGUAAACAUGUAUAGUGCUAAAAUGCUAUGUUUACAAAGUUGUUAAUAAGCUGAUAACAGUCAGAUGUAUGUGAAUAAAAGGAGAUGUGUGUGAGGGUCAGUGUAUAGCAUACCAUUAAGCCGUCGUGUAGAGGGGAACGGUGUCUUUGACUCUCCCCACAGUUGCUGAUGGGCAUGCGGAUGUGUCCCCAUGUUUCCUGUCCUGAUCAUGUAGCAUCUGUAGUGUGUUAGUUUUGGUAUUAUUUAAGGAAAACAUAACAAAGGCUGAUGCCGUCGCAUAGAGGUGGUAUAUAGGAUACAGAAGCCAUGCCCUGGCUCAGUUUAAUGUGCGGAAGGCUGGAAAGGAAAUUUGUCGUGCAGGUUGAUGAUGAAUAAGAGCUUGGAUACAUGGGAUUUUGAUAGGCCGAUGCGUGAGUGAAUGCUACUUUGGUAAGCGGAAAUGUUGGAAUAAAAGGAGACGUAGAGAACAGAGACAUAAACCAAAGAUAGCAGUGCCAUAAUAAGGAUCUUGUCAAUAACACAUAACACGGAAUCAGCGUGAAAUGUUGGUAAUGGACAUUUCAACUAAGCCACAGGAUUUGUGUUGUCUUUUUUGAUUGGAAUUUGCAUGUGGGUACAAAAUACCACGUUGUUUAACAUAUCAUUUUUGACUUGUUAUUGGAACUAUACAAGGUACAGGCAAAAGAGAAAUGAAAGGGUGUAAUGUACGGAUGUAUAAUUUUAUAUAUGUGACAAUCCCUGGCGUAGAGUUUUAAUUGCAGAAACUGGAGCAUCACGUCUAGACUCACGGAAUAUCUCAAACAAGUUAUUUAUUUAUUUAUUUGAUUGGUGUUUUACGCCGUACUCGAGAAUAUUUCACUUACAAGAUGGCGGCCAGCAUUAUGGUGGGAGGAACUGGGCAGAGCCCCGGGGAAACCCACGACCAUCCGCAGGUCACUGGCAGACCUUCCCACUUACGGCCGGAGAGCAAGCCAGCCAGGAAACUGGACUUGAAACUCACAGCGACCGCAUUGGUGAAAGGCCCUUGGGUCUUUGCGCCGUGUUUGCGUGCUAACUCACUCGACCACGGAGGCAACUCAAACAUGUAAAGUUGUGAAAGAUAAUGUAUAUAAGAUGAAUUGGAGAGGGGCAUUUUGCAUCGGAAAUUAACUAUUUCAAUGAGGUUUUGUUCCCAAGAAAGCCAUGGGGUUGUUGUACAUUCAUAUAUGUGUAUAUAGUUGGUGUGUAUUUAAACUUGCAUAUUUCUCAAAUGUCACAAAUAAUGUCCCGCCACCACGAUGUUUUUUGAAGAAUACGACCAUAAUGAAGUUACAAAAGGAGCCUUUGAUUCUUCGAAAAUUUAUAUAUUGCCAGCCGUCUUCCCCAGCAUUCGUAAAUUUUAUUUUCUUCAGAAACAUUUGAAAUACCUGUACUAUAACGCGGUGUGUUAUAAAUUGUUCUGUUUUUGUUUCUUUUACAUUUUAUAUUCAAACCACUGACACUUGGGUUAUGCAACAAAUGUUUUCACGGGCUGUCGGUGAAGGUUCAGGUGUCAGAAUUGGGAUUCAAAUUUUUUAUAUUCUGGAAAGUUUUGUUUUUCGCACAUUAGUAUGAUUACACAUAUUAUUAGAGUAAUGACAUAAUACUCCUGUUAUAAAUCCUUUAAAAAAAACAAAUAGCCUUAUGUUUCAUUGCUUCACAAAAAAAUAUUUGCAAGGUUAUUAUGGUUUUGCCAUUUACGGACUGCGAAUGGUAUAGGAAUGUCGAACUUGACGCUUAUAUUUAUAAUGUAUAUCUGAAAUUGUGAUUGCUGAAGCACAGGCAUACCGGUACUGUAUGCCUAUUUAUGUAUUAUAUGGCUUGACCUAUUUAUGUAUUAUAUAGCUUGAAAUGUUGUGCUUGGUUAAAUCCACUAUUUCAGUCAUUU